CUUCUGCAAAUCCAAACCUUUCACGACCAUCCUGACAUACUGCAGUCCGGAGGAGUCAAGCGGAAAAGCAGGUCCUGAGUCACGGCAAGUCUAAGUGGACAAAGAACAAUAUGGCUAGGCUAUCUUCCACGAUGUUUGCAGUGCACAGUGCCCAGAUGCUUCAGACGCUGGGGAAAUCCUUGAGGACAAGCCUCCCUGAAUCCUUAAAGGUUUACGGGACCGUCUUCCACAUGAACCAGGGAAACCCCUUCAAGGUAAAAGCCCUGGUAGACAAGUGGCCUGAUUUCAAUACAGUGGUUAUCCGCCCUCAGGAGCAGGAGAUGACAGAUGAUUUUGAUCACUACACCAAUAGUUACCAAAUCUACUCCAAGGACCCCAAGAACAGUCAGGAAUUCCUGGGCUCCCCGGAAGUCAUCAACUGGAAACAGCAUUUGCAGAUCCAAAGUUCACAGCCCAGCCUGGAUGAGGUGAUACAAAAUCUUGCAGCCAGUAAAUCCUCACAAGCCAAGCUCACACAGUGUUUUCUCUAUAUGAUGGCUGAGACAAUAAAGAAACUGGCUCCUUCCAUGAUGGAUGUAGACAAGCUAUUGACCAGAAGUAGCAAACCCAAGGCCAUCAACCAAGAAAUGUUUAAGCUCUCAUCCCUGGAUGUUACCCAUGCUGCCAUGGUGAAUGAAUUCUGGCACUUUGGUGGCAAUGAGCGGAGCAAGAGAUUCAUCCAGCGCUGCAUCCGGACCUUCCCCAACUUCUGUCUGCUGGGGCCCGAGGGGACCCCCGUGUCCUGGUCCCUGAUGGAUUACACAGGAGAGAUGCGGAUGGCUGGUACCCUGCCUGAGUACCGGAACCUGGGCCUGAUAUCCUAUGUCAUCUAUACCCAGACCCAAAGUCUGAACAAACUCGGCUUCCCCAUCUAUUCUCACACAGACAAGAGUAACAAAAUUAUGCAGUCAGUGAGUCACAGGCACAAUCAUAUCCCCAUGGCCUGUAGCUGGAACCAGUGGCAUUGUGUGCCUCUGUGAAGCAGCCCUGAACCCCUUCCUGAUGGUGUCACAAGGGCCUGGACCGUUGACUGGAGGAGGAGACAGGUGGACAGAAAGAAUAAAUUGUCAUUGUAAUCAUCAGUAAAGCUGUGAGGGCUGGGGAAGCACCAUGAGUAGCCAAUGGAACCAGGCCUUGCUGAUAGGAUUCCCUAACCUGUACCUAUGGAGGCAGCCAUGUUCUCUGGCAGUGGCCCCACCUAGAGGAGCUCCCCACACUCCCCAGAUCUCUGUCCCAUUCCAUCAUCAGCUGCAUGUUGCUCAGAUGCCUUCUCCUUGAACUCCCAGUGCAUGGACUGGCAGAGCCUUGCCAAAUCUUCCUGGGGGUGGGUAAUAUUUUCUGGGCAUUCUGACUUAUUCCUCUCUCUUCUAUGGCCUUUCCCUUAGUGAUCAGCAAGUGGAUCCUGUUCAUUAGUUCUUAUUAGGAGCCCAGAUAAUCUCCUCUGACUGCUGCUUUAUAGGUACAUGAAAUAUAUUAUUCACGAAUACAUAUAUUAGGUUACAUAUAAAACACAUGAUGGAGCAGAAAGAGUUAUUAAGUAAAGACUGAUAGUUGCUUGUCUCCUCACUCCCACACCAGGGAAAAUGACUCAGUGUUGUGCCUAAAAGCAAAGCUUUCCAAACCCACACAAAUAAUAAAGAGAGAUCAUGUUUGAUUGUA